AAACAGUUGCUGUUGGAAACACCCCCAGAGUGAAGAGGUGUUUCGGAUAAUAACCCAACAAUGAAUGCACAUUUCAUGUGUCAAGAAAGAACGGUUGUUGAAUAAUUUAUUGGGGGUGCUUAGGACUUCAGGUAAACUUGUUACCGACUUACAAUCCCAUUAUUGUAAACUCGGGCUCGGAUCGAAUGGCGAGACAUCCGAUUUCGAUCUGAUUAUUAAGCAGAUCCCAUCAUCCUAAUUGAAAUAUCUGAGUUCAAUUCAUUUAUCUGUCUGUACCAUCCGAGUCUGAAGUAAUCGGAUUGGAUCUCGGGAGGAUCAGCGACGAAUGCUCUUGGAUUUGGGGAGAAGCAAAAAUCUCAGAGUAAAGUAAGCAGUGCUCUUGGAUCUGGCUUUAGAGGCGUGAACAAAUUGGAUUGAAACUCUAGGUUUUAGUUCUAUUUCCUCUCGGAUUGUGGUUGCAGUCAAAGAAGGAGAAUUGGAUAUUGGUCUCUUGCUUUUGGUUCCAUAGAUGGAUAAUAACUAGCAGAAGCAGAUCAAGUGUGUGAAAUACAAUCAAUGGCGAGUGAAAGGCCUGGACCCCCCACUUACCUAGGAAAACCUACCAUCUCACCAUUUCCAGCUGCCCCACAGACAACAAUGCCCUUUCUGUCCUCUGGGCCUGUGGUUGGAUCAGAGGGCACAGGUUAUAGAGCUAACACACCUUCUGGAUCUAAUGGUCCCCCUAUGUCUUCUCCACCAUCAACUUAUGCCUCACCAAAUGUAGGAGUUCAUCAACGUUUUCCCAGCCAACAAUAUCCUGCACCAGUUCAACAGAUAUCCAAUUUACGUGGUCCACCUGCUGGGCAGCCUGUUUUACCCCCACCAGUGCUUCCUUCAGCACAGCAAGUUCUACCUCCACCUGGUUCCUUUCGUCCACAGCCUCAGAUUCCAUCAAUGCCUAUGGGAUCUCCACCUCAAAGUGCCAAUCUUCAGCCACCAAGAGGGAUUGUUCCCAGUUCACCUUUAGAAUCAUCAUUUUCUGCCCCCAGGUCAGCAUUGCAGUCAUCUUUGCAUGGAUAUCCAAGUAAUCAAGCUAACCUGGUUUCACAAGUUCCACCUAUGCAGUCUCCCUCCUUUCUUGCUCCCCAAGGAGGUUAUGUACCACCCCCACCCCUAGCAGCUCCUGUGGGUCUGAGUUCAAGGGAACAAAUGCAGCAUCCUGGUGUGGGACCUCCUGUUGGUGCCAUGCAAAAUUUGGUAGAGGAGUUUCAGUCUCUAUCAGUUGGGUCAGUUCCAGGGUCGAUUGAUCCUGGACUUGAUCCCAAAGCAUUGCCAAGGCCUUUUGAAGGUGAUCUUAUGCCAAAUUCCAUUGCCAAAAUGUAUCCCUUGAAUUGCCAUUCCAGAUAUUUACGGCUUACAACAAAUGCAAUACCAAACUCCCAGUCAUUGCUUUCAAGAUGGCAUUUUCCUCUUGCAGCAGUCAUCCAUCCUCUUGCUGAAGCACCUGAUGGGGAGGAAGUGCCUAUUGUUAAUUUUGGACCAACUGGCAUUAUUCGGUGUAGAAGAUGUCGCACUUAUGUUAAUCCUUAUAUUACAUUUACUGAUGGAGGAAGAAAGUGGCGCUGCAACAUCUGUUCUCUGCUUAAUGAUGUUCCUGGUGAAUAUUUUGCACACUUGGAUGCGACUGGUAGAAGAAUUGACAAUGAUCAAAGGCCUGAACUUACAAAGGGUAGUGUAGAGUUUGUUGCUCCAACAGAAUAUAUGGUGCGGCCUCCAAUGCCGCCACUAUAUUUUUUUCUCAUUGAUGUAUCAGUAUCUGCUGUUAGAAGUGGUAUGCUUGAGGUUGUGGCAAAGACCAUCAAGUCUUCUUUGGAUGAACUGCCUGGAUUCCCCAGAACACAGAUUGGAUUCUUGACUUUUGACAGCACAUUGCAUUUCUAUAAUAUGAAGUCAUCUUUGUCGCAGCCUCAGAUGAUGGUGGUGUCAGAUUUGGAUGAUAUAUUUGUACCAUUGCCAGAUGAUCUUCUUGUCAACUUAUCUGAAUCAAGACAUGUGGUGGAUGCCUUUCUAGAUAGCUUGCCAUCCAUGUUUCAGGAAAAUUUAAAUGUGGAAUCUGCUUUUGGUCCAGCUCUUAAAGCAGCCUUCAUGGUUAUGAGUCAACUUGGGGGGAAAUUGUUGAUCUUUCAGAGUACACUACCAUCUCUUGGUAUUGGCCGCUUAAAGUUACGUGGAGAUGAUCCUCGUGCAUAUGGAACAGAUAAAGAACAUGCAUUAAGAAUUCCAGAAGAUCCUCUCUAUAAGCAAAUGGCCGCUGAUUUUUCAAAGUAUCAGAUAGGAGUAAAUGUCUAUGCUUUCAGUGAUAAGUACACUGAUAUAGCUUCCCUAGGAACUCUAGCAAAAUAUACUGGUGGCCAGGUGUGCUAUUAUCCAGGUUUCCAAUCGAGCAUUCAUGGUGAGAAGUUAAAAUAUGAGCUGGCAAGGGACCUUACAAGGGAGACUGCCUGGGAAGCUGUAAUGCGCAUAAGAUGUGGAAAAGGGGUGCGAUUUACCACUUAUCAUGGACACUUCAUGCUAAGGUCCACAGAUUUAUUGGCACUUCCGGCUGUAGACUGUGAUAAAGCCUUUGCAAUGCAGUUGUCUCUGGAAGAUACAUUACUGACAACUCAGACCGUGUAUUUCCAAGUUGCUCUUCUAUACACAUCAUCUUCUGGUGAAAGACGUAUCAGAGUCCACACAGCAGCAGCACCUGUGGUAACAGAUCUUGGAGAGAUGUAUCGCCAGGCUGAUACUGGUGCCAUAGUUUCUUUGUUUAGUAGGCUAGCAAUUGAGAGAACUUUGUCUUAUAAGCUGGAAGAUGCCCGCAACUCUAUUCAGCAGAGGAUUGUGAAAGCCCUUAGAGAAUAUCGAAAUCUCUAUGCUGUGCAGCAUCGCUUGGGUGGCAGGAUGAUAUACCCAGGAUCACUGCAAUUCUUGCUUUUGUAUGGAUUAGCGCUAUGCAAAUCCAUACCUCUCCGUGGGGGAUUUGCUGAUGUUCAGCUUGAUGAACGCUGUGCAGCUGGUUACACUAUGAUGACUCUACCUAUUGCAGGGCUAUUGAAGCUUCUUUAUCCCAGGUUAAUUCGUAUUGAUGAAUAUCUCCAAAAUGCAUCUGCAAAGAUUGAUGAUUUUGGGAAAUUUUCAAAAUCAUUACCGUUAACCAUGCAAAGUUUAGAUUCCAGAGGUCUAUAUAUUUAUGAUGAUGGGUUUCGCUUUAUUAUGUGGUUUGGAAAAAUGCUUUCAUCUGAUAUUGCUGUUAAUUUACUUGGUGUGGACUUGUCUACUUUUCCUGACCUAUCCAAGGUUAGCCUUUGUGAGCUAGAUAAUGAGAUGUCAAGAAAGUUAAUGGCAAUACUAAAGAGAUUUAGGGCAAGCAACCCUUCCUAUUAUCAGCUGCCCCAGCUUUUAAGACAAGGGGAGCAGCCAAGAGAAGCUUUCUUGCUGUUUGCAAACCUUUUGGAAGACCAGAAUUGUGGAACCUGUGGGUAUGUUGAUUGGAUGCUGCAAAUACAUCGGCAAAUUCAGCAAAGUGCAUGAUAUGGAGUCUAUGAAGGAUUAUAACAAGCACUUUUCUCAGGCAACUAAAUAUUCUAUUGAGAGAAGGAAAAGAUGUCAUGGUACCGGAAAAUGUUUUCAAAAAGAUAUAUGUUAUCACGGAAGACAUGUGAGAAAAAAACUGGCAUGAUAGGGAGGUUAUAUUUGAGGUUGUCCUUGAAUGUACAUUUCCUUGCCCUUGUUAGUGUCCGGGAAGAGGUUCUUUAGAGGUUUCCAGUUUUAGAUGUGGAGGUUGCUGGGUACAAGGAAGCAAGUUCACCAGCAAUAUUUCGUUUUUUCCCUUUUUUUCUUUGUUUUCUCACAAUGAUUUAAACCAGCAUGUAAAAUUAACUUCUUGAUUUUUGUGUUAAAAGUUUACACUGGAACAAAAAGGCUUUAAUUUGGAAUAUUUAUUGUAUUCUUUUAAAGACUUGUUAAAAAAGUUUAAAACCAUCAAUGACAACAGAAUUAUUUUUCUUAUCA